GUUAUUAAAAAACUUAAAAACAUCUCAUGUAUCCUAUAAACCACUAAUACCUGAAUGUUUGUAGAUAACAAUGUGUACAACUCUUACUCGUUGGUGUACUAUUUGGUGGUGAAGAAGAAGACCUGGUUUUAUAUGAGUUGCUGCCCAGUUCUGUUGAAUCAGAUUUGUUUUUAAACGAUCCUUGCUUUGAGUAUUUAUUUAAUGACGAAGGGCAAGAACAGGCAAGUGGUGAGAUUCCACAGAACACAGAUGACAUUAACAAUGAUGUCCGGAACAAUGGUCAAUGCCUUUCUAAAGGAAACAAAGGAUUUCCAAUGCGGACGAGGACAACUCGCAAAGCCAAAGAUGGAACUCCUAGAAGUGUUACAUUUGUGUGCAGUCGACAAGGAAAAAAAGAGCAAAACACAAGAUGUGUUCCACCCGAGGCCGACAAUGCAAUUGGGAUGUGAAGCAAGAGUAACUGCGUCAUGUGAUGGUGAUGGAAUAUGGAAGAUAUCCGUUGUGCAGUUAUUGCAUAACCAUGACUUAAGUCCUAUUAAAUCUAGAAUAUAUCGUUGUAAUCGUAGUGUGCCUGCUAGUGUUAAAAAGCAGCUUGAGGUUAAUGACAAGGCAGGAAUUCCCUUGCACAAGAGUUUUCAAGUGGUUGUUGUGGAAGCGGGUGGAUAUGAAGAACUUGGCUUUAUAGAGAAGGAUUGUCGAAAUUACAUUGAAGAGUUUAGACGAUUAAGACUUGGCCUCGGAGAUGCAGAGGCAAUACAAGGAUAUUUUAACAAGAUGCAAGCAAAGAAUGACGGGUUUUUCUUUAGCAUGGAUGUGGACGAAGAAUCAAGGCUUAGAAAUGUGUUUUGGGUGGACAAUAGGUGUCGUCAGUGUUACAAAUCCUUUGGUGAUGUUGUGACAUUUGACACUACAUACUUGACUAACAAGUAUGAAUUGCGGUUUGCUCCUUUCGUAGGUGUAAACCAUCAUGGGCAAUCAGUACUUCUUGGUUGCGGCUUAAUUGCACACGAAGAUACAGAGUCAUUUGUUUGGCUUUUCAAGACAUGGCUUCAGUCGGGUGGAUAUGAAGAACUUGGCUUUAUAGAGAAGGAUUGUCGAAAUUACAUUGAAGAGUUUAGACGAUUAAGACUUGGCCUCGGAGAUGCAGAGGCAAUACAAGGAUAUUUUAACAAGAUGCAAGCAAAGAAUGACGGGUUUUUCUUUAGCAUGGAUGUGGACGAAGAAUCAAGGCUUAGAAAUGUGUUUUGGGUGGACAAUAGGUGUCGUCAGUGUUACAAAUCCUUUGGUGAUGUUGUGACAUUUGACACUACAUACUUGACUAACAAGUAUGAAUUGCGGUUUGCUCCUUUCGUAGGUGUAAACCAUCAUGGGCAAUCAGUACUUCUUGGUUGCGGCUUAAUUGCACAAGAAGAUGCAGAGUCAUUUGUUUGUCUUUUCAAGACACGGCUUCAGUGUAUGGAUGGGGUUCCACCCCAAGGCAUAAUUACAGAUCAAGAUCAAGCCAUGGCUAAAGCAAUCAGUAUUAUGUUUCCAGGCAUUAAACAUCGUUGGUCUCUUUGGCAUAUUCUUAACAAAUUGCCUGAAAAGUUAGGAGGCAGGUCUGAUAAAGUUGAAAUCAUGGAUAAGAUAAACGACCUUGUGUAUGAUGUUCAUCUUAUCACAGAAUUUGAGCAAGGCUGGAGAGAAAUGAUUAUGGAUGAGGAUCUAAAUGACAAUGAGUGGUUGGCUGAGAUGUUUUUUUGGAGAGAGAGAUGGGUUCCAUGUUAUCUACGAACUUCUUUUUGGGCUGGUAUGUCCUCAACGCAGCGUAGUGAAAGCAUGAAUGCUUUCUUUGAUGGCUACGUGCAUUCAAAGACAACACUCAAGCAAUUUGUUGAUCAAUACGACCGUGCGCUAAGGAAAAAAAUGGAAAUGGAGUUUCAAGCAGAUGCUAGCUCCUUUACAAAAAUGAUCCCAUGUGUCACUAUGUAUGAAAUGGAGAAACAACUUCAAGACGUAUAUACUAUUUCCAAAUUUAAAGAGUUUCAGACUGAAAUUCUUGGGAAAGUAUACUGCGAUAUUAUAAGCAACAUUGGGGAUACUUUUGUAGUGGAGGAGUACGUGUGCAUCAAAGGGUUUCGCACGAGGAAGUCUUAUGAAGUUGCAUUUGAUCCAUGUACACAAGAAGUGGAUUGCACUUGCCAUCUUUUUGAGUUUAAAGGGAUGAUUUGUAGACAUUGCAUCGUUGUCUUCAUUCGAAACGUUGUUAGGUUUUUGCCUAAGAAGUAUAUCCUAGAGCGAUGGAGGCGUGAUGUGAAGCGGGCAUACACACGGGUCAAAGUAGAUUAUGAUGGCUCGAUAUGUACUGUCGAACAACAACGGUAUGAUGACUUGUGCAACAGCUUUCGGGCUUUAGCGAAUAAAGUCGUAGACGAUAAAUACCGCACAAAGGAGAUAAUGGAUUGGAUUCAAAAGGAGAUGUCUGUAGAAGCAAUGAGAAGCCAAAAUCCAUCCAAAGGAGUUCAAGAAAUUCCCAAACAUACAACAAGCACUACACUUGUGUUAGACCCAUUAAUCGGCACACGCAAAGGAGCUCCAAGAAAGAGUCAUCUCAAGUCCAACAGGGAAAAGUGUGGUCAAAAGAAAACAAGAAAAAGGACUACAGAGAAAAACCCAAAACCGAAAGAAGGUAGAAAAAAUGAUAGCCUACCUAAGAAGAGGAAGAAAAUGGAUGAGCCUGAGACCUUGGGAUCACAAAGGCAGCAUGCUUGGCCCGUGCAAGACGAAGAUGGUGUUUACGACCUCACCUUGGGGGGUCUGGAUCUUGGCCUUUCACUACAUUGACUUUUAACAGCUUUUUUUUGCAUCAGAU